AUGAGCCGUCGCUGUGUCGUCUGCGGCAUGGAAAUCGCUGAGGAUGUCAUUGAUCACGAAUGUCAUUAUCCCAAAAACAUAAAGGAGGCGCGCAUUUGGCAGCAGAGCAUGGCCGCCUUCGAAACAUCCGUGGAGAGUAUACUGAAAUGCUGCUGUGUCUGCAUUGAGCACAUACCACAAUUUGUGGAACGUACUCAAAAGCAGGCAGCACUCAUUAAGGACAAGUACGGGAAGGAGAUCCAUGAGACGCUGACACCAGGUCCUUGUCCGAGUCGUCCAUCGCUCCAUGUGCUACUCCUGCCGGGCGCCACGCUUCCACCUUACUGUGGCACGUGCAUCGAUCCUGAAAACGGAGAAGAUCAAGCCGAGGAGGAUGAAGAAAUCUAUGUACGAGAAUCAUGCUAUAAGGAUUGCGGUGCGAGUUUUCCCGACAUUGAUGAGACCCAAGUAACUGUGCUGCGCACACCCAUGCACAAUGACGAGGAGCUGAAGAAGCUGGAGAAAAGCAAUAAGGAAUGUGGGGACAUUGGCACUUUGCGCAACUGCACGGAUGUCUUACUGCUGGGCCGAAGUCAGAAUCAUCCCACCGAUAAGUGUCCAUGCAAAUGCGAGCAAUGUUCAAAGACAAAAUUCGCACCGGUCGAACUACCCGGUUGUCCAGAUCAAUCGCCUUGCAGUGCUGAAUGUGGUAGCCAGAUGCGUCAAGAGUUGAGCGCAAUAAUCAAACAGCAGCAAGAGCGCAUUUACGAACUGGAAAACUUGAUUUCCCGCCAAGACGACUGGUAUAUGAGCCUGCAGCAAAAAAUAUCUGACCUGUAUUCCGAUUUCGGAAGCCGGGAUAAAACGGUUAGUUUUGGGGUCAAUGUUGGUGACAGCGUGCAAGGGAAUGCCCAGCGGAGGCCAACAGAUGUACAGUCUGAACAGGCAAUUACUCCCAAAAGCCAAAAAUCGAGUAAAAAUAGUAUCUUGAAGCCGGAAUCGUCAAAGUGA